AUGCUCAAAGUCAGUUCCAACGUAUUGAAGAGAACGUACCUCAGUGGGACAGUCAGGCUGUUCAGUAUUACUUCUACUGUUCUAGCUAAAAAGCCUGCUGCUUCCAAACCGGUCAAAAAGAAGGUGACUUUUGAUCCAAAGAAGUUCCAACAGCCCCAGCAAAAGGUGAAAAAGUCCGGGAUGACACACUUGGAAUUUCAUGAUGCUGUCAAGGAAAUGAAUUUCGACAAGUUGGCUAUGGAUUUGACUCCAUUUGAGCUUUCAGAAUUGACUUCCGCUGUCGUUUCGAACGAAUCAGGCGGACAAGUUACAGCCUUUUCCUCAGAAAGUGCUGCUAUACUCAAGACUUUGGGUCUGUUCAAGAAGUACCAGCACCAUGAAUUAUUCCUGAAGCCAGUAUCGAUGGUUACGCAUAACACGGCUCUUUUAAACGAGCAAUUUGUAGAAAAGUUAGCAGACGCUUCACUGAGAACCAACAGAGUGUGUCUUGUAGGAGAAAGAGGAGCUGGUAAGUCGACAUUGUUGGCUCAAGCUCAGGCUUUGGCUCUAGACAAGUACGAAGGAGAUGUCAUUCUUUUACAUAUAGAUGCAGCUGAAAACAUCACCGACGGGUCUAGUGACUACAUCUAUAACUCCAAGAACAAGACAUACCACCAGCCUAUGUUCACCAAGAGAUGGAUCUACAAGCUCAGAAACUCUAACGAAGCUGUCUUUAAAAAGCUCAAGCUUUCAAGAGACAUCUCUUUCCAAAAUAAGAGAGUUGACCACCAAUUGAAAAAGGACGAAAACACCUUGUAUGACUUCUUGCAGCUUAAUGUAGACUUUGGCAAAUUUCAACCCACCCAUGCCUUCUCGUUUUUUAUUGAAGAGUUGGUCCACCAUUCCAAGUCAGUUCCAGUAUUGUUAUCAGUGGAUAACGCCAAUGCUGUGCUCGAUUUCCCCGUCACAAAAUACCGUCAUCAUGACUUCACUCCUGUUCAUUUGAACGAACUUGAAAUCGGUGACUUCCUCUUGAAAGUCGCAGGGGGAGAAAUCUCUUUCGAAAAGGGAGGUGUAUUACUUUCAAAGACUGGACUUGUGGGCGACCAUCAAAAGACUCUUUCUACCGCUUUGGGUCUUGUAGAGUACGAUCCUUACGCUAAGAAGCAAUUCUUUGAUCUCGAUAUAGCCAACACCUUGUUAGCCCAUGGAGGUGUAAAGCCAUUUACUGUAUCCAACUUGACCAAAGACGAAACCAGAACGUUGUUGAACUUUUGGAGAGAAUCCGGUGUGGUGUACGUCAAGGAUUAUGUGACAAAGGAAUCUUUGAAGCCAGAAACAGAAGCUGAAAAGAAGGCUCCUAAACCCGAAUUCGACUCGGAAGCUCAGUUCGAAAACCUUGUCAAUAGUUACUACACUGUUUCUACCGGAAACCCCCACUACUUAUUGAAGGCCAGCGCCAUCUCGUACUAA